CACACUGCCCUGCGGCAUGCCGCUGAGGGAGGAAGGGCGGGCGAGCGGCCCAAGACAUGAUCCCUGGCUGAAAGUAGGGAUACCGAAGAGGUCCCAGGGAUUCCCAGGGAUUGAUCGGAGGAGUAGCUGAGCACGAGGAAGCCCCUGAGAGAAAGACUCUGGCCUGGAUUGGGUCGAAUUAAGCCCGUCGCUCUGCUGUGUACCAAAAUGACAGCGCCAAUGUGGCAGCCAUCUUUGUACAGACGGGAAGUCUCGGCGCGAGUUCCCGCCCCCUCGUCUAGUUGGAAACCGAGGAGGCGGUCUCCUCCGGCCUGUUAGCCCGCCUCGCCCACCCUCCCCUCAAAUAACCUCCACACUCGCGCUUGCGCGUCAGUGCGGGAUGGAUUCGUCGCUACCGGAGUGCCACCAUAUUGGUAAAGGCAUUAGGGCGAAGGUGGAACGGAACUUCCUGUUCUCGCGGGAUCUAAAGGCGGGACUGCCACGUCCAAGCAAACCGGGAAAGGAGAGGAUCCUGGAGCCGGCACUGGGGGCCACAGUGCUGAUCUCAGCAGCUCCAUUUUUUGUCCUCUUCCUUAUCCCCGUGGAGUCAAACUCUCCCCGGCAUCGCUCUCUACUUCAGAUCUUGCUCAGUUUUGCUUCCGGUGGGCUCCUGGGAGAUGCCUUCCUGCACCUCAUUCCUCAUGCUCUUGAACCUCAUUCUCACCACACUCUGGAGCAACCCGGACAUGGACACUCCCACAGUGGCCAGGGUCCCAUUCUGUCUGUGGGACUGUGGGUUCUCAGUGGAAUUGUUGCCUUUCUUGUCGUGGAGAAAUUUGUGAGACAUGUGAAAGGAGGACAUGGUCACAGUCAUGGACAUGGACACCCUUACAGUCACACACGUGGAAGUCAUGGACAUGGAAGACAAGAGCGUUCUACCAAGGAGAAGCAGAGCUCAGAGGAAGAAGAAAAGGAAACAAGGGGAGUUCAGAAGAGGCGAGGAGGGAGCACAGUACCCAAAGAUGGGCCAGUGAGACCUCAGAAAGCUGAGGAAGAAAAAAGAGGCUUAGACCUGCGUGUGUCGGGGUACCUGAAUCUGGCUGCUGACUUGGCACACAACUUCACUGAUGGUCUGGCCAUUGGGGCUUCCUUUCGAGGGGGCCGGGGACUAGGGAUCCUGACCACAAUGACUGUCCUGCUACAUGAAGUGCCCCAUGAGGUCGGAGACUUUGCCAUCUUGGUCCAGUCUGGCUGCAGCAAAAAGCAGGCGAUGCGUCUGCAACUACUGACAGCAGUAGGGGCACUGGCAGGCACAGCCUGUGCCCUUCUCACUGAAGGAGGAGCAGUGGGCAGUGAAAUUGCAGGUGGUGCAGGUCCUGGCUGGGUCCUGCCAUUUACUGCAGGUGGCUUUAUCUACGUAGCAACAGUGUCUGUGUUGCCCGAGCUGCUGAGGGAGGCAUCACCAUUGCAAUCACUUCUGGAGGUGCUAGGGCUGCUGGGGGGAGUUGUCAUGAUGGUGCUGAUUGCCCACCUGGAGUGAGGGGUGGAUAAACUACCCCUGCCCCAAACCUCUACCCCUAACUCCAGGUCAGGGGUGCGUAGAGGUUGGGGGCCCUGGCCAGGGACAUCUGCCAAAGGAAGGAACUGUAGCCUGGGAGAAUGGUUACUUUGGCAUUAGGGCCUUCAAGGGCUGGCAGUCUUACAGAGGCUGGAGCAGUGAGAAUGAGAGGCCAGAGGGACCAUAGUUUUGGGCACCGUCUGACCAUGUUGCGUUUGGAAGGCUAAAUGGGGCCAUGAAGAAGGCUGGAAGGGACAGGGGGUGAUGGCAGCCUACCUGGUGUCCCCUACCCCACCUGUUCUCGGAGAACCAAGUUGCUACACAUAAAGUUCUCCAAGGUCCAGUUCCCUUUCUCCCACCAGUUGGUGGAGGCUUCAGGGAAGACCAGAGUCCUGGACAGAGAGGGUAACAGGAGGAGUCGGGGAUAAACAUCAAACAUCAAUCGUGUGUCCUGAUUUGGGAGUGAUUGGGGGGAUGGGGGUGGGAGAGGGUUAGUUGGUAAUCUCAUGGCCUGUUUUUUUUUUGUUUCUAUUCCUUUUAUAUCACUGUGUUUGAAUCGAGGGGGAGGGGUGGUAACCGGAAAUAAAGUCCUCCGAUCUUCCGCCCCA